AUACAGGGAACAUAACGAAGGAACUUUAAACAGUACAAGUAACAUAUGAAAAUAAAAUAACUUCCAACUGUACAGUAAGAUUUGAUAGGAAUGUUCAGACAUACAGGCAAGAUACAUUAGGAACUUGUAGUAACACAGGUUUCAAAAUUUUAAAAUAUGGAGUUGACGUCUUGGCUGGUUGCAUUGGUUGUCGUCAUAGCAACCCUCUACUGGUUGCUUAAAAAACCAAAACAUCUUCCCCCAUCCCCUGGGCUAGCUCUGCCUAUUGUGGGCCAUCUGUAUUUGUUGGAGCGAGAUCCAAGACAACAGUUCAAGAAAUGGUCUCAAAAACUUGGCGACGUCUUCAGUUUGAAGUUAGGUCAAGAAACAAUCGUCGUUUUAAAUUCGUUUGAGGUUAUAAAGGAAGCGUUCGUGAAACACGGAGACUCUAUUUCAGACAGACCCACAACAAGUUUUCUGGCAAGAAAUGUGCAACACAUGACGAAAGGUGUGGUUCGGUCUUCCGGUGCGUAUUGGAAAGAGCAACGAUCGGUUUCUCUUUCAAUCCUGAGAGGCUUCGGUAUGGGGAAAAAUAUACUGGCAGAAAAAAUAACAGAAGAAGUUGCUGCUUUUGUUAAGGAACUAGCAAAAGGUGAUGGCAGAGCAUUCAAAGCAAUGCAGUUUCGAAGUCUCAUCAACGUCAGCAUCUCCAACGUAAUUUGUUCCAUUAUUUUCGGGAAAAGAUUUGAAUUCGACGAUCCUAAAAUACAACAUCUAACAUCCAUGUUAAACGAUAUAGCUCAUCUAACUUCAGGAGUUUCAAAACUUAAUUUCCUUCCAUGUUUUAAAUAUCUACCGAAAUACAAGCUGAAUGCAGACAAAUUAAUUUCUGAGACAAUUGAACUACGUGAGUUUGCUACAAAAAUGGUGAAUGAAAUCCGGAAAAAUUAUGACCCAAACAACUUGGACAAUUAUAUUCUAGCGUAUGUUAACGAGAUGGAGAAGAAACAAAAUUCAGAAGAACCUACAAACCUAAGCGAUAUCAGCCUUAUUCGAAACAUAGAAAAUUUAUUUCUUGCAGGGACAGAGACCACCAGCACCACGAUUUUAUGGAGUCUUUAUUUCGUCUUGAAAAACCCGGAAAUCCAGACAAAACUUUACCAGGAGAUCAAAGAAAAAAUUGGAACAGAUCGUCAACCAAAUAUAUCUGACAAGGCACGUCUCAAAUAUUUAAACGCGUUCAUUAUGGAGACUCAAAGAGUGGGGAGUCUCGUGCCGUUUGCGCUAAAUCACGUCUGUUCCCAGGACACAGUUCUCAACGGUUUUACAAUUCCUAAAGGCGCCCAGGUCAUUCCGAAUGUAGAAGCUGUUCUCAAAGACGAGAAGAUCUGGGGGGAUCCUGAAAAUUUCCGACCUGAAAGAUUUAUUGACGAGCAAGGAAGUUUGCUGACUAGAGAAGAGCUAAUACCUUUUUCAAUUGGUCGUAGAAUCUGUCUUGGGGAAUCCCUGGCCAAGAUGGAACUUUUCUUGUUCCUGUCCUCCAUGUUUCAGAAGUUUGAAUUCCUGCCCGCUGAUCCAAAUUUUAAACCUUCUGAGAAAGACGUAUUUGGUGGGGUAGUUUCCCCUGUGCCAUUUGCCGUAAAAUGCGUCGAGAGAAGUCACUAA